AUGCCGAGGCACCCUGACAGGUCACAGGUACGCGGGAGCGGAAGCUGCAGCCCAGAAACCGGAGGGUGCCAGUCGCACCCAUCCUUCAGGCCUCCUUCCCUCCCGGCCCCAGGAGCGCAGGCUCGGAGCUCGGCUCCCGCCCGCCGCUCGCCUUUGUCGCCGGCUCGGUGCGCGGCCGCGGGCUCCCGCGGCGGGCUUUGUUCGGGAGGAGCAGGCCAGGACCCCUCGCGCCGCCGCGUCCCCGCCCUCCCCGCGCCGAGGACGGUGGGGGUGGGGACUGCGCGACCGGGACCUGGACCCAAGGAGCGUCCGAGCGCGCCUCGGAGCCGGGAACUCGCUCCUUCGCCCCUUUUCGUAAUUGAGCUGUUGUCCGCUCGGCUAGGGGGCCGGGCUGAGCAGAAGGAGGGCGAGGGGGGUGCGCGUCCUCAGCCUGCAGCCCCGGCUGGGCGCGGCUCCCCGGGCGCCCGUGGACUCGUGCUGCCGCGUGCGCGCGUGCCAGGCUGGAUGGACGCACGCGCGCAUGGACGAGGCGGGCCGUCGGACUGGGUCCCAGGUCCUAGGCUGCUCUGGCCGAGGUUUUCGCAGCUGCAGAAUCCCGCCAUUCAAGGACAGACGCCGCUUGUCCUCUCUGCCAGGGACGGCAGUGGAGAACGAAAUGCCUGGAUAUGUGCGCUCACCGAGUGUGCUGAAAAUGUAGCUUCGGACCAGAAGAGCCAAAGAGACGAGACUUUUCACUAAGUGAUACUUUUGAUGCAAUCGAAGGAUUGGCAAACUGACUUGUUGCCCAUUUUUACAAAUAAAGUUUUAUUGGCACAGAGUCAUGCCCA